GAGUCAGCUACUGAGGUAGUGGCAACCAUAUACCACAGACCAGCAGCACUCAGCAGUAGCAAUAGUAGCAGUAGCAGUAGUAGCAGCAGCAGCAGCAGUAGCAGCAGCACUCGGUCAGCACCCACUUGUCGACUGGUCGACACCACGGCAGCUCAACACCGACCAGUCCUAGCGACUACUUGUGCGAUUGUUGAGUGCCACCUAAGGGGAAUUAGAAACAGCGGCGCCGGCAGCGUGUACUAAUUAGCGCAACAAUUAAUUGCCGAAGAGCACGAACUGCCAGAGCAACUGACCGCACGCGUGCGCGUCGACGUGACCAGCUGCAGCCUGUUGCAAGCGGCGAAUUAUGACUGGAACCCUCUAAGUGCUAGUUCAAUUUGCCUCGGGGAAAACGGUUUUCAUGUGGCUUCCGGAUGCUGUGGUACUUUUCUACAAACGGUAUAUUAAUCAAAUUAAAGAUAGACUAAUCCUACGCGAAGAAAAGAAAAGAAGAGAGAAAGAAAAAAGAAAAGAAAAACAAAAAGGAGCAAAAAGUGCAUUGCAGACAACAUAACUUGCCGCGAAAUGGAUGAACCAAUAACACGAGGUGGUAGAUGGGUUUGCCCGAAUGAUCGACAAUUGGCAUUGCGAGCAAAAUUGCGAACAGGAUGGUCUGUAAAAACAGGAUCUUUUGAAUCUCAUGGAUGGGGACAAUAUCCAAAUUCCUGCACGAGCAAUUCCAAUCGUUGCGGACAAUCUUACUUGCUCACUGAUGAUGAACGGAAAGCUAUUAUCCAGGUGAUACAAAGGGCCGAGGCUCUGGAUCUGUCGGAACAGGAGCGAGUCGGUAGACUCGUUGAGAGGCUGGAGAACAUGAAACGAAACGUGUGCAUCGUAACAUCGACCAGAUCAAACGAAAGACGUAACUGUGGACGUCGAUGCUCCGGUGGAGCUCGAUGUGUCUGUUCGUGCGCACUCUGCGGCGAAAAGUUCGGCGCGGUGUUAGGGGCGAGCGCGAAUCUCUGCAAGGAUUGCCGCAAGUACAUCUGCCAGAAAUGCGGCAUCGAGGCCACUAGACUUAAUCCAUCGAAAGGAAACGACGACGAAAAUGAUGAAACUACUUCAUCGCACGGUUCGUUACGCGUCAUGAGAUUUGCUCAGGAAAGAACAGGCGUUCAAAGAAUCGUUCAAAGAUCCCAUGGAUCCAAUGCGCAAAAGCAAUUUCUCUGCCGAAUUUGCGCCGAGACUAGAGAAAUGUGGAAGAAAAGCGGUGCAUGGUUCUUCAAAGGCAUGCCGAAGUAUAUUCUACCGGAGAAGAAGGAGCGAGGAUGGUGUCGACCUGGUCAUAGAACGUCGACAUGGACGAUAGGUGGUCCAUGCAGAUCCGUGGACUCAACCGAUGCUCAGGAUUCCUCAUCCGACGAUGAUGUAACACGACGACUCGCAGUAGCUCGCGGUCAUUCACCUACGAAUCUAUCAAGCAAUCGUGAAAGCACUCCUACCAAGCUGACAAUUUCGAGUUCUGCACCUAGUACUUCAUCCCCGAAAAGUCCUCGAGGAAGGCCAAAUGGUCUGUCACCUUCAGGCUAUCGCGAAGAUGCGAGUUCCGACAGGCUGGACAAGUCCUGCCUUUCGAUCGCGUCUCAAUGCAACCGACUUUCGCCCACGGGCUCAAUCAGCCCUCGCUCAAGGGCAAGUGGCAAAAGCCCGAACGAAUUGCAGGUGGAGCAACGCGUAUCCUUCGAAGAUAUUUUCGUAGACGACGAGAAGGCUCAUGAGGCGGACGAUGAUGAGGAAGAAGACACCGAGGAGACUCGCAAAGACACUUCCACAUCAUUAGACCGGUCGAAGGGCUCUCAGACUGAAAGCGUCUACGAUAGCGACGACACCGACCACACCGGUCGAACAAUUCCAGACUAUGGGAAAGAUUCUCCAAGAGAGGAAUGCGGAACGGGACGCGAGCAGAUCCUGCUCGGGCCAGGACAGCUCCUCCAGCACUCGCAGCAACAGCCAAGUCAAGAUGCAAAGAACUCUGGAAUAUCCACGAGAAACGGAACAAGAUUAUGGGACUCUCGAAGUCUCCUUGCGAUACGACCCGGCAGAUCAGUGCCUCCAGUGCAAAGUGGAACGUGCACGUCGUCUAAGACCCAUGGAUAUCCAAGGUCUCGCCGAUCCCUUUUGCAAGCUGAAUAUACUGCCCGUCGGAAAAGCAUCGACGAGCAGACGACUACGAACAAAGACGGUACACAAGACACGCGAUCCCGAGUUCAACGAGACGGUGAAUUUCUACGGGACAACGGAAACCGAUAUCUCGACCGGCAAGGCGUUGCACAUCCUAAUUAUCCAGGACGACCCCUCGGGCCAAGACUUCCUAGGAGAGGCGAGAUUUUUUUUUUCAUAUUAAAAGAAACAUUACAAAACAUCUCUGCAAGCUCAUUAUCCAGUAUGUUGAAUACAGAAGUGGACAACGAAGAGGAAACCUGGGGUAUGUGUUCGAGCGGUCGCGGGAAGAUCCAGAUAAGUCUGAGCUAUUGCACGCGUCGACGUGCACUGCUGGUUACCGUGCACCGUGCUACGAAUCUCUUGCCCAUGGACAGCAACGGGUUUUCUGACCCAUUUGUCAAAUUGGCACUCGUCGAAGAUGCGACCGACAAUCAUCGGCAGCAACGGUUCCUAGAUUACUCGGCCGCUCGCGCUACUGCCAAAAAGCUGACCGGGAAGAAGAUGGCCGGCCGCGGCUUGCAGAGUACGAGCAUCAAGAGGAAGACAUUGAAUCCAGAGUGGAACGAAGAGUUCGUUUUCGCGACUCGCUUGACAGAAUUAAUGAAGUUGACGCUAUGCUUGACCGUGUGGGACAAAGACUUCGGCAAGAGUAACGACUAUCUGGGCGGCCUUAUGUUAGGUUGCGGUAGCAAAGGAGCACGUCUUCGACAUUGGAUAGAUGCGAUUAAAUUCCCGGAUCAUCGACAUUUGGCAUGGCACAAUCUGGCGGAGAUGGACGUACCUAUGGAAUGAUAAUUCUAUUUCGAUAAUCGGAAAGCAGGUCAAGAUUAAAUACACAAACUAUGCGGGCUUUAUCCACGUGUCAUGUGCACUUAUACGGAUAAACGUACGCAUACGCGUAUAGUAUACUUGGCGCGCGUGUUAUCACUUUAUGCGUGUAAUUUAUCGUUGCUCAAAGAUUAAAUAUUAUAAAGCAUUAAGAGGUUGAUACGAAAAUAAAGAAGUUGAGAACAGAAUGUU